AUGGCACCACGAAUCUCAGGAUGGCAGGUUGGCAGGUUGGCAGGAUGGACGAACAGCUCUCCUGGUAAACAUACAUGUAGAAUGAGUAUAGCCUCACACGUAUGGACAAAUAGCAGUACCAAUCACUUUAAUUUCUCCGUGCUCCAUCAACACUGGCAAAAUCAAACCCCAUUGUCCACCGCCUGUCAGUAUACUAUUGGAAUAUUUAUAUCUACGGUAGCGGUGAUUGCUGUUAUUGGUAACAGCAUUGUCAUAUGGGCCCAUGUAAGUUGUCAUAUAAAGGUACAGUUGCGCCAUAUUUGGAGGUUGAUUUUAGUCUUGGAUAUUUGUAAAUAG